GCGUCGUGCAUUGACAACACUGAUAACAAGAUGGCGGCGUUGCUCGCUGCUCGCGGCCGCUCCGCUUAUACCAAUACUGCACCGCUGGUGCGACCCGCUGCGCCUGCAGCAGCAGCAGCAGCGACGACGACGACGACGACUACGAUCGUCUCGAGAGUAUCAUCGGCGGCCGCGGGCCACGACGAGGCUACUCGCGCUACUCUAUUUCCGUAGAUCAUCGCAUCGCAGACUGAGAGAGCUCCGCGCGAAUUGCAGCUGCGAGAGUGCGUGUGUGUGCGUGAGAGCUUGUGCCAGGCCAGGCCCUAGCUUAAGCUAGCUAGCUGCCGAGGCCGACCUGCACGCGCAACGCAAGUGCAUAGAGCGAGAGAGAGAGAGAGAGAGAGAGAGGAACCCGCGGCCAUUUACGCGGGAAAUUGUUGCAACGCCUUCGCUCCCCGCAUAGGCCAUGCAUUAUUAAAUCACCGGCGUUGCCGCCGUCGCCGCCAACUUUUUUGCCUGUGCAUAUUACACAUAGCAUAAGAGAGUAGUAGUGCGAAUUCUCUGCUCGUCGCGGGCUCUCGGCGUCUUCCUUGAUCGUCGAGCCCGCCACCGCCGCCGCCACAUUAUACAGUGCCUCGACUCUCUCGCUUGCAGUGCUUCGACGUUAAUAUACAUAACUCGGUGUGAUUAUUGUGCGUCGUCGUCGGCGAGCCACGGCAUUCGUUACAUACAUGUUAUAUGUAUAGAGAGAGAGAGGGAAAGAGUUCAUUAUGUUUUCCAGCUACGACCGAGUGCGAAACGGCACCGGCUUCUUCUACUUCGUCGACGCUAAAUCAGGCCUCGAGCCGACGAGCCGUACCGUAACGCUAGUCGUGAACUCGAGCCGCCGCCGCUGGUCAUCAGCCUCGCCAUCAGUUCGUCGCUUGUGCAAAUAAUAUUGCGAACGAACACACGACAACGCAGCCACACACACACACGCACGCACACAGAGUUCGUCGUGCGUCGGCGGCACACUCGUGCGCGAGGCCAGAGAGAGAGAAAGAGACACACAGACUAUGUUCGGUUGUGGCAAUAAAUAAAAAAAAAAAAAUAAUAAAAAUUCGUGCGUUGUGACUGCAAAAAAAAAAAAAACAUUUUACGCCUUGUGGCCGCUAAAUAAUCUCGACUGCACGAUCUGCGCUUAUAUGCUGCUACUGCUGCUCGUCGUGUUGUGAGCUGCCCACGAUAUUACGAUCUAUUGUCCGUGUGUAUAUACGUAUACGUAUAAUACGUGCAGUGACUGCUUCGCGAGUUCGCGAUAAAUAAACCGCACACACAUACACGCACGCACACGUACACGAUUAUUUCAUGCUCCGAUGACAGAUUUUUUCCUCGACUACGAUACCCGACGAGCGUGUGCGUGAAAAGAGAGAAAAAAAAAACAUGAAUUGUGAAUCGAAGCAUUAAAAAUAUCAGAAAAAUGUCGAAUUCAUUUGUGAUGGAAAGCCCGGAGGGCGUUUCCAAGAAGGACGACACCCUCAUCUUAAUGGUCAAUGACAAUGGCGUCAUAUCUGUGGAUCAGGAUACUCUCCAAAAUCUCAUAAUUAACCAGACAAAUGCCAAUGUGAGUGUAGUCAGAAUGACUCAAACUAGUAAUGACAUCUCUGAAGGAAAUUUAACUCUGACAGUGGAUCCUCCAUCAUAUGUUCCUCCUGAAAAUAGUGCUAAUCACAAUGCAACAGAUUCUAGUGGUUUACUUGAUCCACUAAUGCAAAUGGAUCCUGAACAAUUAGAAAGGCUAGAGACAGCCUUACAGAGUGAAGAAGCUAAAAAAAUAUUAGGAGAAAAUGUUACUGCUAUGCUUGAUAUGUUGACAGUAGAGGAACAACAGAAUAAUAUUCGGUAUGCUAUAGAGCUGGAUCAUUGUUACACGAAUAAAGUUGCACCAGCUGAAACUAAAUCAACUGAUUCAAUGCUUGACAUGAAUUCAUCAAAUACAAACAAUGCAAUUAGUACAGAUAAAGCCACAGCUUCCAUGCUCAUGCCAGUUUCUUCCAUUAACGCAAAUAAUUCUUCACCAGUACCUCCAAGUGUUAAGUCCAUAGCAUCACCUCCAAAAAUUGUUAAACAGCCAGUUUCGACGAGUAGUCGUUUACGCAGAGCUUCCACUUCAAUGACACCUGUUGCCACAGCACCAAAAGUAUCUACAGGCAAAAAUCAACGUGCUGCAUUGAAUUCUUCAUCCAGCGAAGUUAAAAAUAACAAAGAUGUUGCAGAAGUGGAAGAUGAAAGUUUAUUCUCUCUAUCAGAAUCUUCAGAACAAACAGAAUCUGAUAAUGAUAGUGAUUUUGGAGCGAGAACUUCAAGAAAAACAGUAAGGUCAAGAGGUGGUAGACGAGGUUUAACAACAAGGGGUGGUAGUACUAGCUCUUCGCGUCGAAGAGGAAGUAACAAAUUGAUUGAUAAUGAUCAAAUGCGAAGAUUAAGUACAGAAAUGUCAGCUGCGGUCAAUUCAAUGAACAAUCCAGAAUCAGAAAUUACACCAGAAAAGUCUAUUCCUGCUAAAACUAAAAAAACUUUGAAAACAAUGGGAGGUAAGAUUAAAGAAGAAGUUUUGCCAUCGGUACCUAUUGUCAAAGAAACUCCAGUUGUAGAAACCAAUUUGCUACAAACAACAAAUCAAGUGAAAGCUAAUUUGAUUAGUGCCAAUAUGUUUAAAGGUGAUAUGAUUCUUACAAAACCAGGAGCCGAUAGAAAUAAUCAAAAAAUUGUAAUUGUUCAGAAACACAUUGCAGCAAAUCUUCAUGAUAGUAAAAAUAUCAUAAAAAAGCAAGUCAUGCUUCCAAAAGAUAAAUUAAUAUUGUCUAAUUCAAAAGUUCCUAUUCUCAAAGAGAUAAAGACAUUAACGACUCCAGUAAUAGUAAAAGAAAUGCCAUCAAAUGUACAACAUAAGGCUUUACCAACAGAAGUUCAAAAUGUAGCUUGCACAUCCCAAAAUAUAACAAUUCCUCAAAAAAUUGUUGCAACAGAAUUAAAGAUGAAACCAAUGGAAAUUAAAAAAGAAAAAAAGAAAUUAGAUUCACCAGUAGAAGUAAAUAAACCAUUAGAAUUACCAAAACCGGAAAUUAAAAUUCAAAGUGGAGCUGUACAAAAAAAACCUUUGAAAAAGGAACAUCGAAAAUCCGAUUCACUUGUAGUUGAUGCGCUCGGUCCAGCGUUAUUUUCUACUCCAGAUAUUAUUCGAAGAGUUGGUUCAAAUAAUGAUAUGAAAGUAUCUGAAAGUUUUACAUCAUCAGUCUCUACGAGCUCGGCCACAUCUACAGUAACCAACCAUUUGAACACAAAUUCAGUAACAUCUACAACUUCUUCUGAGCCUACUGCAGCUGUCAAUAUUCCUAUGGAAACAUUUAAUGCAACAAAUAUAUUGAAAGGACAAGAUAUGUCACUUAAUGACUCUGAAAAUAUUGGUUUGCCUAUGAAACCUAAUUCUGGAUCAUCUAUAUCUGAUCCUGCUACCAAUGCUCCAAUCAAUGAAAAAAUGGAAAUUACUGAUUUAUUGCAACCAACAUUAGAUUCAACUCCAAAUUCCGUACCACAUGAUAAUUUGAAUAGUCCAAUAAUGGAAAGGGAUAAUUCUUUGAAUAACGAUAUUUCAGAAAGUGGCAUUGACAGUGAUGAACAUCUUUUAGCUACAUUAGGAAUGGAGGCUGAAAAACAACUUCCAAAAGAUGAAGUACUGUUAGCUGAAGCGUUAAUUUUACAGGAAACUCUAGGGGUAGAUUUGGAUCAUAGUGAAUUGGUUGAUCCACAUCCUGAAGCUGGCGAUUCUCUUUUACCUGACAUAACUGAAACAUCUAUUUCAACAAUAACUGCAGAACUUUCAAACUCAGAGGUUGAUACUUCACUUAUUGCUAGUGUUAGUACUCCAUCAACACCAAUAUCAUCAGCAGCUGAACCAUCAGGAAAAAAAGUUGUGAAAGAAGCAAGACAAAUUAUUAGAGGUGGUAGAGUUAUAACUCUCCCACCAAUUGAAGCUCCUGCAACUCGCAGUAAAAAGUUACAAGCUAAAGUAGAUGUAAAAGAAACCAAAUGUGAUAAAAUGUUUGAAACAGACACUCCCCAAAAACAAAACUCAAAAUUACAAUCUAAAAAAACUCAGCAACAAACUAAAAUGGAUGAAUCAAUAAAAACUGAUAGAACAAUGAGGACACCAUCUCAAGUGAGCUUACAAAAGAAAGACAUGAUUUAUGAUAUGAGCGAUGAUUAUGGAGGUGAUGGUGACGGAGGCGAAGAGGAAGAUGAUCCCAAUAAAUUGUGGUGUAUAUGCAGACAACCGCACAAUAAUAGGUUUAUGAUAUGCUGUGAUAUCUGUGAAGAAUGGUUUCAUGGAAAAUGCGUUCACGUUACAACGGCAAUGGAUCUAUCUUCUCUUUCAACAGGUGAGGAAAUGGAAAAGAAAGGAAUUGAAUGGGUUUGUCCUAAUUGCAAAGCUAAAAAGAACGAAGAAAAUAAAGCUAAAUCAACUCCACGACGAAGAAAAAGUAGCUCCGAUACUCAAUCGAAUCAGCAAAGUGUAACUCCAUCUCCUUCGAAUCCUAAUGUAACUACUCCAAAGCAAGCACAUCACUCCAAUACUGGAAAAAAUGUCGUUUCACCAUCGGGAGGUACUCAAUGUGUGGUUUGCAAAAAAGAAGCUAGAAAAGCGAGCAUAUAUUGUUCUGACGCAUGUAUAUUAGUACACGCAGAAUCAAUGAAAGAAAAAUCAGGUACACCACAAAUAAAAACAACUAAAAUUGAAACUCCUAAAAUAAAACCAGAGGCAAAAAUAAUUGUUUACCAAAAAAGUACUGGAAAAAUUUUGAAAGGCGCCAGUGCUCCAACAUCAAACAACUUGAAAACAUGGCUUAAAGAACAUCCAUCAUAUGAAGUGGUCAAUUCAAAUAAUCUGAGUACUAUUCAAAUAAAAACUGGAGGAAAAAAUGUUGCAACAAUUCAACCUGCAGGAAGUAAAAUCAACAAAAUCUCUCCGGGGAAACCGACAAAUCAAACAACAACAAAAAUGGUAUUUACCAAAAUUCCUGGCACUAAACAAACUGUUAUCACUGCUGCUGAUGUUAAGAAAGUGGACUCACCUCAGUCACGAAUUUCCACGCCUUUGCAACGGCCUGAUAAAGUGCAAGCUAAUGCUGCAACACCAUCUCGAAUUUCAACACCAAAUGCGAGAUCUGCAAAUGUAAAGACUCCUCAAUCGUCUCAAAAAUUGCCAGCCACAUCCACACCUAAAGUCACAUCGUCUAAAAAAAUUCAAGAACCUAAGGCAUCAACAUCUCAACAACAUCAAUCUCCAGGAGUAUCACAACAAACGAACAAAGUUGUGACUAAAACACCGCAAGUGAAAAAACCGACUGAACCUGAAAAUCUUCGUAUUACUAUACGAAAAACUCUCGCAGAAAUGAUGUUGAUUAGAAUUAAGGAAACUUCGGAUUUGAAGCUAAGCGAAGAAGAAGUCAACGAACUUGUUUUACAAAUCGAACUUGAACUCCUUAAGUUUUUCAAAGAUACGGGCGCCAAAUAUAAAGCGCAGUAUCGAAGGCUUUUAUUCAAUAUCAAAGACCCAAAAAAUUUAACAUUGUUUCGCAAAAUAGCUGAUCGAUCUAUCAGUCCCGAAGCUCUUGUGAAACUCAGUCCUGAAGAAAUGGCAAGUCAAGAGUUAGCGGAGUGGCGCGAGAAUGAAACCAAACAUCAGCUUGAAAUGAUAAAAAAGAAUGAACUCGACAUGAUGGCUCAAGCAAAAUCUAUCGUUUUAAAAUCUCACAAAGGAGAACAAAUUAUUGAAAGCAAAGACAACAUUCCUACAGUGCAAGAAAUUGAGACUGCUCUAGACACACCAGAAGUUAUCAGUUCCACUGUACCAGAGCCUGAAACUAAAGCCAAGGUGUUACCAGAAGAGGAACGUCGUCGCAAGGAAAAAGAUCGCGAACGAGAACGGCGGCGUAGCCAUUCGCGCGACAAAAGCACAAGACGUAAGCACAGUCACGAUCGAGAUCGAAGCAAAUCAAGCAAAAAGCAUAAAGAUCGCGAUCGUGAAAAAGAUCACGACAAAAGCUCUCGCAAAAAAGAUAAAGAGCGCGAAAAGAAACGCAAACGUAGUCAUUCGAGGUCACACAAAGAUCGUAAACAUCGGCGCGAUGACAAGGGUAAGGAAUUACCCGAAAAAUCUGAAUCUGGCGUUCCAACUGCGACCGGAUCGAAUGUCGCAGAUAAAUCAGGUACCGAAGAACCAAGACUCUGGAAGCACAUCGAGGAUGAGCCCAUGGCGAUGCCCCAACUUGUUGCACCAACUGACGGAAAUGAGUCUGAUCUGUCGGACCGUGAACCGAGUUCAACGGUCACCAUUCACACACCUGACAUCACCGAACAACAGCGCAAUGAAGCUGCCGUUGUUCAGACUGUAUGGAAAGGCUGUGUUUAUAUGAAAGAUGUCGCUAAAUUCCAUGUCACGGCCCAAAACGUCAGUCGCAAUUCCAAAGAAUUGCUCGAAGAAGUACCAGAUUCAUUCGAAGUCGUUGGUCGGAUCAAUCCUGCUACAGUUUGGGAUUAUAUUGGAAAAAUGAAGAAAAAUUAUAACAAAGAGAUCAUUGUCAUAAAACUUACAGCCAUCAAUGACGAGGAAAAAAUCCCCUAUAUAACUCUGUAUAGCUACCUCGAUAGUCGCAAUCGUCUUGGUGUUCUUGGGAAUGUGUCUCCAUUUGUGAAAGAUUUUUACAUUAUGCCUUUAUCGCAUGGAAGUCAGUUACCAUCUGUAUUAUUGCCUUUAGAACCACCAGGUCUUGUAGAAGAUGGACAUUUACUGUUGGGCAUCAUUGUUGCAAACAAUCGUCGAAAGCGACAGUCGGUCGCCACGACCCCUGUACCAACUAAAAUGUUGAAAACUGAUCGUAGCUAUACUCCUCCUCCCUCAACACCAUCGUCAUCGGGACACGAUCUUGCCUUGCCUAUGUCGUCUGAGUUGAUGAACAGUCGAGUUGCAACUGCUGUGAAGCAAUCACCCAUUGCUUCAAAAACUCCUCAAGCAGAUGAUUCGAUUACUGCGUUCCGUCAAGAAGACGACGACGAACCGUAUAGUCCUGGAGCGCCAGUUGAUUUGAAUCUAGAUGAUGAAGGAGCUGAAAACUCCAAGUCAUCAGAAUCGAAUCCACCUUCUACAGAACUUGAACGAAAAAUGGAAGAACUCAGCAGGCAAAUUGAAGAAAAGAAAAUGCAAAUCCAAAACAUCAGUUCGUCGUUUUUAAAUGAAUCCAGUAUAACUUUACCGGGCUUGGGUUUAGACCCUCCAGAAAGUGCUGCCAAGGCAACUGAAGCUUACAGUCCCACCGAUACUGGGUCAUUUACACCACCACCUCAAGGAAUACUAGAAAAAGUUUCUAACAUUACAAUUCCAGCAGAUCUUCAAGAAAUUUUGGCAAACGUUAAACGACAAGAAAGUACCAAAGCAGAGACUUUUUUGCCCAAACCUGGCGCGACAUUUUUAACAUCACCGGGUGGAGAGGGUGUUCCACCUGCUUUAACUAAAACAGCUAGUACUGAUCAACUUCUUGGUGAAGUGCAAUCUUCGUCUAAAAAAGAAACAAAGAGUACAUUAAGUUCAUUAAGCGAUUAUGAUAUUAUGAAGAAAGCAGAAGAAGAGUUAGCUGCCAUGGAAAUGCGUGAAUCUUCUUCAGGGACCUAAAAUAUUUUUCUUUCUACACAAAGUAUAAAAUGAAGUGGCAUUUGGAGUGACGUGUAUCAAAUCCAUACAAAAACUCUGGUACAAAAUGUAAAAUAACAAGUGUUCAAUUAUUUCAAAUUGGGUUUCUCAAAAAGGCAACUUGCGACGACAAAGAGAUAUGUUUUUAGUUUAUAAAAUAUAAUAUAAAUAAUAUAAA